AUGUGUGUUGCAUUCUACAAGGGCAACUACGCCGAGCGCGUCGGUGCCGGUGCCCCCGUGUACCUCGCGGCCGUCAUGGAGUACCUGGCGGCUGAGGUUCUCGAGUUGGCCGGAAACGCCGCUCGCGACAACAAGAAGACCAGGAUCAUCCCGAGACAUCUCCAGCUGGCGAUACGCAACGACGAAGAGUUGAACAAGCUCCUCUCCGGCGUGACCAUCGCCCAGGGCGGUGUGCUGCCUAACAUUCAGGCCGUGCUCCUGCCCAAGAAGACCGAGAAGAAGGCUUAGGCUGCCUCCUUACCUUCUUACAUACCUAUCUGGCGGUAACGCCCGGAGUUCGGUUAAUGUGUGUUGCAUUCGUUUGUCUUUCGGAUUAACGUCUGCGGCAUUACAUACCGCGCGGGUGACCGGUUGCCAAAGGCCCUUUUCAGGGCCACAAUAUGAUUCUGUGCUAAAGUUUUAGUUUCACGGCAUGACA